GUAUUCACAGGGAUAUUCACAGCUGAGAUGGUGCUUAAAUUGAUUGCUCUAGAUCCUUAUGAAUAUUUCCAGAUAGGAUGGAACAUCUUUGACAGCAUUAUUGUUACUCUCAGCUUAGUUGAGCUUGGUCUUGCUAAUGUUCAAGGUCUGUCUGUACUACGAUCCUUCCGUCUGAUGAGAGUUUUCAAGCUUGCCAAAUCUUGGCCAACUCUCAAUAUGUUAAUUAAGAUCAUUGGGAACUCAGUAGGUGCCUUGGGAAACCUCACUCUAGUCCUGGCCAUCAUAGUUUUCAUCUUUGCUGUGGUGGGCAUGCAGCUAUUUGGGAAGAACUACAUAGAGUGUGUCUGUAAAAUUUCCAGUGACUGUGAGCUGCCACGCUGGCACAUGCAUGACUUCUUUCACUCCUUUCUUAUUGUCUUCCGCAUCCUCUGUGGAGAAUGGAUUGAGACCAUGUGGGAUUGCAUGGAAGUGGCUGGACAGCCCAUGUGCCUCAUUGUCUUUCUAAUGGUCAUGGUCAUCGGGAAUUUAGUGGUACUCAACCUGUUUUUAGCUUUGCUGCUUAGCUCCUUCAGUGCCGAUAGCCUGGCAGGAUCCGAUGAUGAUAGUGAGAUGAACAAUUUGCAAAUUGCAAUUGGCAGGAUCAACCGAGGAAUUGAUUUUGUAAAGAAACAUGUCCUGCUGCUGCUUCACAGAGAACUGAAAGAGAAAACAGAGCUAUCAUCUGAGGAACCAGAUGACAGUAAAAAAGAAAACUUUGUUCUCAACCACAUGGACAAUCUUAACCAUGUGGACACAGGCCAGGAUUUCAAGUCUGAAUACAUGGAUGGAAUAGUAAAAAACGAGCAACUCAUUGAUGAACUGGGACAAAUGAACUUCAUUAAUAAUCCCAACCUGACCAUAAAUGUACCUAUAGCAUCUGAAGAGUCUGAUCUUUAUGAUGAAACUGAUACAGGUGAAGAAACUGCUGAUGACAUCAAGAAACCACUAUCGGAUGGAACAGAUUCAUCCAUAUGCAGCACCGUGGAUUAUAAGCCUCCAGAUCCUUCGGAGGAGAAAGCAGAAGUUGAAGAAAAUAUGGAGAAUGAUGAUCCAGAGGAAUGCUUCACUGAAGCCUGUGUUCAAAGGUGUCCUUUCCUGUAUGUUGAUAUCAAAACAGAAAAGGGAGCGAAGUGGUGGAAUCUUCGGAAAGCAUGUUUCAAAAUUGUAGAACACAAUUGGUUUGAGACCUUCAUUAUCUUCAUGAUUCUCCUUAGCAGUGGUGCUCUGGCUUUUGAAGAUAUCUACAUAGAACGCAGACAUACAAUUCGCACCAUCUUGGAGUAUGCUGAUAAGAUCUUCACAUAUGUUUUUAUUCUUGAGAUGCUCCUUAAAUGGGUAGCCUAUGGAUUCAAGGUCUACUUUACCAAUGCUUGGUGCUGGCUGGACUUCCUCAUUGUUGAUGUCUCCCUAAUUAGUUUAACAGCAAACUGGCUAGGCUAUUCAGAGCUGGGAGCUAUCAAAUCCCUGAGGACACUCCGAGCAUUGAGGCCGCUUCGGGCUUUAUCCAGAUUUGAAGGCAUGAGAGUGGUUGUAAAUGCUCUUUUGGGGGCCAUCCCCUCCAUCAUGAACGUCCUCUUGGUAUGCCUGAUCUUCUGGCUCAUCUUCAGCAUUAUGGGGGUGAACCUCUUUGCAGGGAAGUACUAUCGCUGUGUCAAUACCACCACAGGUGAUCUCUUUGAAAUCGAACAUGUAAACAACAAAAGUGACUGCAUCAACCUUAUCAAUAUUGAAAAUGCCACUGAUGUCCGUUGGGUCAAUGUCAAAGUCAAUUUUGACAAUGUGGGAUUAGGCUAUCUCUCCCUUUUGCAAGUGGCCACUUUCAAGGGCUGGAUGGACAUCAUGUAUGCAGCUGUUGACUCCCGUGAGCAGGAGGAACAGCCUCAAUAUGAAGUUAAUCUCUACAUGUAUAUCUAUUUUGUCAUCUUUAUUAUCUUUGGGUCAUUCUUCACUCUCAAUCUUUUUAUUGGUGUAAUCAUUGACAAUUUCAACCAGCAAAAAAAAAAGUUUGGAGGCAAAGAUAUCUUCAUGACAGAGGAACAAAAAAAAUACUACAAUGCCAUGAAGAAACUAGGUUCAAAAAAACCAGUGAAGCCCAUUCCAAGACCCCAGAACAAGUAUCAAGGGAUGAUCUUUGACUUUGUGACUCAGCAAGCUUUUGAUAUAAUCAUCAUGAUCCUCAUUUGUCUUAACAUGGUAACAAUGAUGGUGGAAACAGAUGACCAAAGCCAAACCAAGAUAACUAUCCUUGCUCAGAUCAACUUGGUCUUCAUUAUCAUCUUCACAUCUGAAUGUUUUCUCAAGAUGAUUGCCCUGAGGCACUACUUUUUCACUAAUGGCUGGAACAUCUUUGAUUUUGUUGUGGUCAUUCUCUCCAUUGUAG